UAACCAAAAUACAUACUAAACUGAAAACUUCAUCGACGAGCUUCCAAUGUGCACCGCAGCGGCCACAUACGCAUUCAAUUCGCCGCCGGCGUAUUUCUCCGAUUUAACUUCACCAGAGACAGGAUUGACCGGAAAUCUCUGAUUUAGGGUUUCGUAUAAACCCAUUAUGUCUGAUAAGCAGCCUUUGAAGCUUCUCUCAGCUCAAGAAUGGGAGUCCCUAAUCGAAGAUUUCCAGUUCGGCGGUGCACGCCGCGGAAAGUGGAACGCAGCCUAUGCUAACAUCCCUUCCCUCCUGGAUCAAGCUCUCUCAUGCCUUCUCAGGCGGGACUUCUCUUCUAAGCUCUCCAUCAUUCUUUUCCUUGAAGAGUUUGCUGACUCGCUCUUCGGCGUUGACGACGAUGACGAGUCCAAUGCCCGGGAAAAUUCUCUGCUUCGUGUUAUUGACACUCUCCGUUCCUUUCUCCAAACCCCGGUAGAUGGAGUUUCUGUAGGAAUCUCUCUUAAAGAGCAAAUGAUGGUCUCUGUAACUUCGAUUUUGAUCUCGCUUGAGACUUGUUCCGAUCGGAUUCCCGUGAGGCUCUUAGAGGGGUUGGUGGAGUUGCUUUUGAUAAUUGUUAAUAGACCGAAUCAUGGGCCCGAUAGGCAGAUUCGGGUGGUGGCCUGUGAAUGCCUCCGGGAGUUGGAACAAGCUUACCCUUGUUUGCUCUCGGAGAUUGUUGGCCACUUGUGGAGCCUCUGCCAGAACGAGCGCACUCACGCUUGCCAGAGCUACAUUCUCCUGUUCACUUCUGUGGUUCGUAACAUCGUUGCCCAGAAGCUGAAUAUUUCCAUCCUGAGUAAUUCUGUGCCUUUGGUGCCGUUUAGUGUGCCGCAGGUUGUGUUGAUUGGUUUUGGUUCAGGCAAGGAGGGCUCUGCCGGGUUAAACUUCAAGGAGCUGAGGAGGGCUUUGGCUUUUUUGCUCGAGUGGCCGCAGGUUUUGACGCCUUGUGCUAUGAUGGAGUUCUUGGCCAUGAUUAUGCCGAUGGCAGUGGCUUUGGAAUUGCAGGCCUCGAUGUUAAAGGUGCAGUUUUUUGGAAUGAUUUAUUCGUUUGAUCCUAUGCUGUGCCAUGUUGUUUUGAUGAUGUAUUCCCAAUUUUUAGACGCUUUUGACGGGCAGGAAGCCGAGAUUGCCCGUCGGCUUAUGUUGGUUUCUAGAGAAACACAACAUUCGUUGGUAUUUCGAUUGCUGGCUCUUCAUUGGCUGCUGGGUUUCAGUGAAUUGCUGCUGAAAAGAGAUGCUAGGAAAACGAAGUCACUUGUUGAUAUGAAUUUAAACUUCUAUCCAAGUGUCUUUGAUCCCCUUGCUCUUAAAGCCAUGAAGCUUGACAUGCUUGCUUUUUGUUCCGUUUGUCUUGAUAUCAUAAAUACAGAGAGUGGUUUGGUUGGGGGUGAGAGCACUGAAAAAUCAAUGGUAAAGUUAUUUCAAGAUGGUCUUGUCUCUGUAUCAGCCUUCAAAUGGUUGCCUGCCGAGAGCACUGAAACUGCAGUGGCCUUUCGUACCUUCCGUAAGGUCUUGAUUGGUGCAUCAUCUCAUUCUGACACUGAUCUUUCCACCACAAGAACUCUGAUGGAUUCAACCAUCUUCCAUACUGUGCAGGGAAUGCUAGUAGAUGUGAUGUUGCAGUGUCAGAGAUUGGUUCCGGUGAUUGUUGCUUUGAUUGAUCGCUUGUUGAGCUGUCAAAAGCACCAUUGGUUGGGAGAGUGCCUCCUCCAGACUUUUGAUGAGCAUUUAUCUUUAAAAGUCAAGAUGGAUUACAAGUUGGUUACUUGCUUCCCUAUGUUUGAUAGAAUUGCUGAAAAUGAUACAAUCCCUCCUCGACGAUUGUUGGAACUUCUUACUAGAUUUAUGGUGUUCCUUGUUGAGAAACAUGGCCCAGACACAGGAUUAAAAAGUUGGUCUCAGGGGAGUAGAGUUCUUGGCAUUUGUCGAACGCUGCUGAUGCACCACAAAAGCUCUAGAUUGUUCCUUGGGCUAUCUCGUCUUCUUGCAUUUGCUUGCCUUUAUUUCCCUGAUUUGGAGGUUCGUGACAAUGCAAGGAUCUACCUUCGGAUGCUUAUCUGCGUCCCUGGAAAUAAGCUCAGGAAUAUGCUUAACCUUGGGGAACAACACCUUGGAAUUUCACCCUCUCCACCUAGUUCAUUUUUUAACGUUCACUCUCCUCGGUCUAGUCAUAAUGUCAAGACACCAAGAAAUAUAUCAUCCUUUGUCCACCUGGAGCGCUUGUUUCCCCUACUUGUCAAACAAUCUUGGUCCUUGUCUUUGUCGUCUUUUUCUAUUGAAAGCAGCAAGCCUGGUUAUAUAGAGGACAUCAGGGACAAGGAGCCCAUAGUAGAGGAAAUUGGUAACGAUAGUGCUAUCCGGAUUUUACCUGAAGCUGAUAGGAUUGAUCACCCACCCGAGCCAUUGCGUGUAAUGGAUUCAAAGAUUUCUGAGAUUUUAGGAAGAUUAAGAAGGCAUUUUUCAUGCAUUCCCGAUUAUAGAAAUAUGGCAGGGCUUAAGGUUAAAAUAUCCUGUAGUUUGAGGUUUAAAUCUGAGCCUUUUAACCGUGUAUGUGGAGUUGAUUUACCUGCUGGUGGUUUGGAUUCAAUAGACACCCUUCCUGCUAUGUAUGCAAUUAUCCUCAAUUUUUCUUCCUCUGCAGCAUAUGGGUCUAUUCCGUCACAUCACAUACCUUUUCUUCUUGGUGAACCUCCAGAAAAUGCUAACAUCUCUGACCAAAGGGUUUCAUUAGACAUUGUUCCUUUAGAAAAUGGCUCUGGAGAAGACAGAAGGUUUAGAGCUUCUGUAAUGAUUGAGUUGGAACCAAGGGAGCCAACACCUGGUCUGGUUGAUGUUUCCAUUGAAACAAAUGCAGAAAAUGGCCAGAUUGUUCGUGGUCAGCUUCAGAGUAUCACUAUAGGAAUAGAAGACAUGUUUCUCAAGGCUAUUAUACCACCUGAUGUCCAGGAAGAUGAACUACCUAGCUAUUACUCAGAAUUGUUCAAUGCUCUCUGGGAGGCAUGUGGUACGUGCAAUACUGGAAGGGAGACCUUUCAAUUGAAGGGUGGGAAAGGGAUUACAGCCAUUAGCGGGACCCGAUCAGUGAAGUUACUCGAAAUCCCUGCUCUAUCAUUGGUUCAGUCUGUGGAGAGGUACCUGGCUUCAUUUGUUGUGAGUGUAAUCGGUGAACCACUAAUCACCCUUGUAAAGGAUGGGGGAAUUAUUAGGGACAUCAUUUGGGAAGAUAAGGCUUCACCAGACGAUACUGACUCAAGGGCUGAUUUUGAGAGAGGCCCUCUUCAUCUUACAUAUAUUGAUGAUGCUGGUGAAAGGGAGGGCAUUGUCAACAUCAGUAAAAGAAACUUGGGUAGCUUUCUGGUUUUGAUAUUUCUUCCACCAAGGUUUCAUCUCCUCCUCCAAAUGGAAGUAAGCGAUUUUUCAACUUUGGUGCGAAUUCGAACUGAUCACUGGCCUUGUUUAGCUUAUAUAGAUGAUUAUUUAGAGGCCUUAUUUUUUGGCAUAAAAUGAUUUUCUUUUUUUUUCGUGGGGGGUGGGGUUCUUCAUAUAUCCCCCAUUUAGUGAGUACUUUGUUCGAUGAGGUAUAGGAAUUUUGUUUAAUAUUCUUUCAAUAUUUGUUUAACAGAGAGGAGGGUUAUUUUUUGUACCCAGAAUGAAAGCUUGUGUACAUACCUCUGCGGGUGAGGGUUCUUGUAACAUUAUUGUUGUCUAGAAUUUUGAAAUAAUAAUUUUAUGGCAUUCAUGUCAAUUUGCUUGGAAUACAAGCCCCUUGUCUUAUAUAAA